UAAUUAUUCUCUCUUCUCUACAGGAUGCCUCUAUGACUAACUGAAAAUCUGUUGAGAGAUUUCUGGAAUGUGCUGUAGUUCGUCCUUGAUACCGACGGAGAUGCACCAUCAAUGAUAGUGCAGUGGCCUUCCUCAAUUCAGUCACUUCAGCUGACUUGGCAAACAAGUGGCCUCUUUUGCCUGGCUACAGAGGGGUCUGAAUCUAAGAUUUCUAGGAAGGAAGGGAAGCUGCAUGAAAACAGAGGCUGGAUGCUGGGCGUGAAGAUGAAACAAUCAGACCCACUGGUGGACCUUAAUUUGAAGAAGGUCCCUGAUGAGACACUUGUUGCUGGGGAGCCUCCAGGUGGCCUGGUGUUGAAAUGGAUUGAACAAGACCCUGAAGGAGGACAGCCGAAGGAGCGGGAAGGCCAGUGGCAGGAAUUCCUGAAGGCUAGGAAUCUCCCUCAUUCAGUUGGGCUGCAGAGGGAUUCUGGCCCUUGGGACGAUGCCAAGGCCUUUCUGAUCUCCUUUGAGCAAGUGGCCGAAGCUUGCCAGUGGCCUAGAGCCGAAUGGAUGGCCCGGCUCCUGCCAGCGCUGAGCGGAGAAGCGAAAGAGGCCUUCAAUGGCCUCGAAACUGGGGACCAAGAGGAUUAUGGGAAGGUCAAGGCUGCCAUCUUGCGGGGGGCAGCCCUCAAAAUGGAGGCCCAGCGCCAGCACUUCCGUCAGUUCCGCUACCAGGAGAUUGAAGACCCCCGGAGGGUUUACAGCCACCUCCGGGAGCUUUGCCACCAGUGGCUGAAGCCGGAGAGACACACCAAGGAGCAGAUCCUAGAGCUGCUGGUCCUGGAGCAGUUCCUGGCCAUCCUGCCCCCGGAGAUCCAGAGCUGGGUCCGGGAGUGUGGCCCAGAGAAUUGUGUCCAGACGGCAGUCCUGGCAGAGGACUUCCUGAUGAGCCAACAGGGGGCAGAGACGUGGAAAUGGCAGGUGCCGGUAUCUUCCAAAGACGAGAUUGGGAAUCCACACAACCCUGUAAAGGAACUGCUGUUUGUGAAGGCUGAAGAGCAUAUUCUUACAGAUCCGGGAUCAACACACCCAGAUGAUGAAAACAGGCCUUGUAGCCAUCCCAUAUCUUUACCUCCACCUGAGGGACAAGAAUUUGUUGAAGCAGGACCAGCUGAGGUAUGUAAAUAUCUGGGGGGUGAGGGCAGGAGGCUUUGUGACCAGCUUUUUGUGAGAGGCAAUCUUGUAUUACAAAAAGAGGUUAACUGACCCUGGCUCUCAGAUAUUUUAAUACUGAAUGAUCAGGCUACAAAUGCUUAUAGGAGGAAAACAAACCAACCAAGAUGGAUCUAUACCAGCCUUUCUCAACCUUUUGACCCUGGAGGAACCCCUGAAAUAUUUUCCAGGUCUCAGGGAACCCCUGCACAUUCAGGCUCAAAUAGAGGCCAGAAGUUACAGAAUUAUUAUAUUCAUUUCAUGG